AUGGAAUGGAAAGGAAAGGAAUUACUCCUUGUUACAAAGGCAUUUGUAAAUAGGACAAGAUUGUUGUUCAUCAAACGUAGAAAACCCCAAGCAUACAGCAUUAAACUCAGUUUCACAAACAUGUCUGUUGAAAAUCGUCCACAACCUCCUCCACCUUAUGAAGAAACAGAUUCGAUAACAAACCCACCAAAUGGACCCUUUAUACCUGAUGAUUUCAAAUAUACAGUAAGGGUCAGUUCAUGCGAACCACAAGUUAGAGAGUUCUUUAUGAAUAGAGUGUAUUCCAUAUUAUCAGCUCAACUUUUGUUAACUUCAUCCUUCACAUAUUGGGCCACCCAAUCUCCGACAUUACAGAGUUUCAUACAAAAUCAUAUCGGUAUAUGGAUUCUUUCUACCAUCUCUGCUUUAAUCCUUUGUUUCUUUUUAGCAUUUACACCACGUAAAGAUGAUUACAUUUCAGAAAAUAUUGAAACGGGUCCAUCAAAUUCAUUAAGAGAACCUUCUACUCCAUGGUAUGUCCUAUCCAAACGCUCACAGUUAUUUGUCUUGGGGUUAUUUACGAUCGCAGAGGCAUACUCUAUCUCCAUUGUUGCAUUAACUUAUGAUGAAAAGACCAUCCUAAGUGCUUUGUUCAUCACUACUAUUGUCGUCAUCGGUGUGUCAUUGACUGCGAUGUCUGGUAAAUUUGAAUUUGCUCUUGAAUCCGCCACAUCAAUAUAUUAUUGGUUGAAUUGGGCUCUUUGGAUCAUGAUCGGGAUGGGAUUCACUAUGAUUUUCUUCGGAAUGAACUCUACCAUGGAUCUAAUAUAUGGUUGGUUUGGUGCAAUAUUGUUUACUGUUUAUUUAUUCGUGGAUACACAAUUGAUCUUUAGGAAAGUUUUCCCUGAUGAAGAGGUUAAAUGUGCUAUGAUGUUGUAUUUGGAUAUUAUUAAUUUGUUUUUAUCCAUUUUGAGAAUCUUGGGGAAUUCAAGUUCAGAUGAUUAA